AUUAAAGUCUCGCAUGAACUUCUCCCCCUUUCACAUUUCAGUGUGCAGUUACAGUUACAGAGAGCAUCAUUCAUGGAACCAUUCGUUUGGUACUGCAAGCCUGAAUCAAACAGUGUUUGGGCCAAAGCAGUUGAUAGCGCCUUUGGUUCCUAUACGCCAUGUGCAAUCAAUACUCUUGUAAUUUCAACCUCCAAUUUCGUUCUUAUGGGACUUUGCUUCUAUAGAAUUUGGCUUAUUGCUACAAACACAAAGGCUCAGAGGUUUUCCUUGCGUUCUAAUUGGUAUAAUUAUGUUCUCGCAUUGUUGGCUUCUUAUUGUGCUAUUCAGCCUCUGUUGAGAUUGUUGACUGGAAUUUCAGCAUUUAACUUGAAUGGUGAAACUGGAUUUGCUCCUUUUGAGGCAAUGGCCUUGAUAGUUGAAGCGCUUACAUGGUGUUCGAUGAUAGUUCUCAUUCUAUUGGAAACCAAGGUUUAUAUCCGACAAUUUAGAUGGGUGGUGCGGUUUGGAGUUAUCUAUGUUUUGGUUGGAGAUGUUGUAUUGCUUAACCUUCUUCUGUCAGUGAAAGAUUACUGCAGUAGAUCUGCCCUAAUUAUGGAUGCUUUUCUGAUGCAGGUCUUGUUUGGUACAUUGCUUUUUGUUUACGUACCUAACUUGGUUCCUUAUGAUGGCCAUAUAACAAUGCAAGACGAGCUUCCUGACAAUGCUGAGUAUGAACUACUUUGUGGAGAGGAACAAGUUUUCCCUGAGAUGCAUGCUAAUAUAUUCUCUAGAUUAUGUUUUGGAUGGGUAACUCCACUCAUGCGGCAAGGUUACAGAAAACCCAUCAGAGAAAAGGAUGUUUGGAAGCUAGACAAGUGUGAUCAGACAGAGACAUUAACAGAAAAGUUUCAAAAGUGUUGGAUGUUAGAAUUUCAAAGCUCUAACCCAUGGCUUUUAAGAUCUUUGAACAACAGCUUAGGGAAGAGGUUUUGGUGGGGAGGCAUCUAUAAGAUUGGUAAUGAUCUUUCCNAAUUUGUUAAAACUUCUAAACUUUUUUUCUUAUUGAUGACGCAGUCAAUGCAAAAUCAAGAUCCAUCUUGGGUUGGUUACAUCUAUGCUUUCUCCAUAUUUGUUGGAGUGUCACUUGGUGUUCUAUGUGAAGCUCAAUAUUUCCAGAAUGUGAUGCGUGUUGGUUUUCAGCUUAGAUCAACUUUGGUGGCUGCUAUAUUUAGAAAAUCUUUGAGGCUAACUAAUGAAGGUCGAAAGAAGUUCUCAUCUGGGAAACUUAUGAAUAUGAUAACUACAGACGCCAAUGCACUACAGCAAAUAUGUCAACAACUUCAUGGACUUUGGUCAGCACCAUUCCGUAUCAUCAUAGCGAUGGUUCUCCUAUACCAGCAACUAGGCGUUGCUUCACUCAUUGGAUCGCUAAUGCUAGUUCUCAUUGUCCCACUACAGACAUACGUGAUUGCCAAAAUGAGAAAACUGACAAAGGAAGGACUGCAGCAAACAGACAAGAGGGUUGGUAUCAUGCAUGAAAUUCUGGCUGCCAUGGAUACUGUAAAAUGUUAUGCAUGGGAAACAAGCUUUCAAUGUAGAGUACAAAGCAUACGGGAUUAUGAGCUAUCUUGGUUUCGCAAAGCACAUCUGUUAAAUGCUCUCAAUACCUUUAUUCUAAAUAGCAUCCCAGUUCUUGUGACUGUAACUUCAUUUGGAAUGUUUACUUUACUUGGUGGAGAAUUGACUCCUGCAAGGGCAUUUACCUCACUAUCUCUAUUCACAGUUUUGCGCUUUCCAUUAAACAUGCUACCAAAUUUACUAAGUCAGGUAGCAAAUGCAAAUGUAUCGUUGCAAAGGCUGGAAGAAUUAUUCUUGGCUGAGGAGCGAAAUCUAAAACAAAAUCCACCUCUUGUACCAGGACUUCCAGCCAUCUCAAUAAAAAAUGGGAACUUUUCAUGGGAUGCAAAGGCAGAGAAGUCCACACUAUCAAAUAUCAAUGUGGAAAUACCAAUUGGAAGCUUAGUUGCAAUAGUUGGUGGUACUGGAGAAGGAAAAACAUCACUUAUUUCAGCAAUGAUUGGAGAGCUACCUCUUUUAAAAGAUGGAAAUGCUAUAAUUAGAGGCACUGUUGCUUAUGUUCCUCAGAUUUCAUGGAUUUACAAUGCUACAGUACGCGAAAACAUAUUGUUUGGGUCAGAAUUCGAAUAUGAACGAUAUUGGAAGGCCAUUGAUGUCACUGCUUUACAGCAUGAUCUCAACUUAUUACCAGCACGUGAUUUUACAGAGAUUGGAGAAAGAGGAGUCAAUAUUAGUGGUGGACAAAAGCAAAGAGUUUCCUUAGCUAGGGCAGUCUAUUCAGAUUCAGAUGUAUAUAUAUUCGAUGAUCCUUUAAGUGCUCUCGAUGCUCAUGUUGCUCAUGAGGUUUUCAAAAACUGUAUAAAGGAAGCACUGGGAGGAAAAACAAGGGUUCUUGUCACCAACCAGCUACAUCUUCUCCCUCAAGUGGAUAAAAUUAUUCUCCUUAGUGACGGCAUGAUUAAAGAGCAGGGAACUUUUGAGGAGUUAUCAAAGUGUGGGUAUCUAUUUCAGAGACUAAUGGAAAAUGCUGGGAAAAUGGAACAACAAUCAGAGAGUAAUGAAGGUAGAGAGGACCAUGUCGAGGUUAAUGUUUCAACCUCGAGCAAUGAGGCACUUGUUCAGAUUCCAAACGACACAAGCUAUGAGAAGAAGGGAAAAUUACGCAAAUCAGUGCUUGUUAAGCAAGAAGAGCGGGAGACUGGUGUGGUUAGCUUGAAAGUUUUGGCGAGGUAUAAAGCUGCAUUAGGAGGCCUAUGGGUAGUUUUCAUACUCUUUGCCUGCUACACAUUAACAGAAGUUCUUCGAAUUUCAAGUAGCACAUGGUUAAGUGUGUGGACAGAUCAAGAUUCCACUUCAGAUUAUAAUCCAGUAUAUUUUCUUGUCGUCUAUGCACUUUUCUCCUUUGGACAGGUAGCUGUAACACUUGCAAACUCUUAUUGGUUGAUCAUUUCUAACCUCCGUGCUGCAAAAAGAUUGCAUGAUGCAAUGCUAGAUAAAAUACUUCGGGCCCCAAUGGUAUUCUUCCAAACUAAUCCUGUUGGCCGCAUAAUUAAUAGGUUUGCAAAAGACAUGGGAGACAUAGACACCAUGGUUUCUACUUUGGUGAAUCAGUUUAUGGGGCAACUCUGGCAGCUACUUUCUACCUUUGUUCUUAUUGGCACUGUGAGCACAAUAUCUCUGUGGGCUAUAAUGCCAUUGCUGAUCUUCUUUUAUGGAGCUUAUAUAUAUUACCAGAGCACAGCUCGAGAAGUGAAGCGUUUGGAUUCAAUUACAAGAUCUCCUGUUUAUGCACACUUUGGAGAAGCGUUGAAUGGUUUGGCAAGCAUACGCGCUUACAAAGCAUAUGAUAGAAUGGCUCACAUUAAUGGAAAAUUCAUGGAUAAAAAUAUCAGAUUUACCCUUGUGAAUAUUAGUUCAAACCGUUGGCUCACCAUAAGGUUAGAAUCAUUAGGAGGGCUCAUGAUUUGGUUCAUAGCUACAUUUGCUGUAUUGCAAAAUGGAAGAUCUGAAAACCAGGCAGCAUUUGCAUCUACAAUGGGCCUUCUUCUCAGUUAUACUUUAAACAUAACAAGUCUCUUGAGUGGUGUCCUGAGACAAGCAAGUAGAGCUGAAAAUAGUUUAAAUGCUGUUGAGCGUGUUGGCACAUACAUUGAUUUGGAAACUGAGGCUCCAAGAAUAAUUGAGACAAACCGUCCACCACCAGGAUGGCCAACAUCUGGAUUAGUUGAGUUUGAGAAUGUUGUCCUGAGUUACAGGCCUGAACUUCCUCCAGUCUUGCAUGGACUGUCCUUUACGGUAUUGCCAACCGAGAAGGUUGGGGUAGUUGGAAGAACUGGUGCAGGAAAAUCUAGCAUGCUUAAUGCUUUAUUCCGUAUCGUUGAGCUACAAAGUGGAAGAAUCAUUAUUGAUGGUUUUGACAUUUCUAUGUUUGGACUAGCAGAUUUGCGAAGAGUUCUAACUAUCAUACCUCAAUCACCAGUUCUUUUCUCUGGAACUGUUCGCUUCAAUCUUGAUCCAUUUACUGAACACAAUGAUGCCGACAUGUGGCAAGCUUUAGAAAGGGCACAUUUGAAGGAUGUAAUAAGAAGAAAUCCACUUGGUCUAGAUGCACAGGUCUUGGAGGGUGGAGAUAAUUUUAGUGUUGGACAGAGGCAACUAUUAAGUCUAGCCAGAGCAUUGCUUCGAAGAUCAAAGGUUCUUGUCCUGGACGAAGCGACUGCUGCUGUUGAUGUUAGAACAGAUGCUCUUAUACAGAAAACCAUCCGACAAGAGUUUCAGUCCUGCACAAUGCUCAUCAUUGCACACAGACUAAAUACAGUUAUUGACUGCAAUCGGAUUCUAUUGCUCGAUUCUGGACGGGUCCUUGAGUAUGACUCGCCGGACAAACUCUUAUCGAAUGAAGCAAGUGCAUUCUACAAGAUGGUUCAAAGUACAGGAGCUGCAAAUGCUGAGUAUUUAUGUAGUUUGGUUUUUGGAAGGAUUGUGAACAAUUCUAAUGAAGAAAACAAGGGACUUGAAAAUCAAAUGAGACAGUUAGCUUCUUCCAACUGGGCUGCUGCUACACAAUGUGCUAUAGCUGCAACCCUUUCUUCAUUGCAUCUUAACCUUCAAAGCCCAAAUGAAACUAAAGAUAACAAAGAUUUCCUCGAAAAAACGAAGGACGCGUUGACAACACUUCAGGAAGUUCUGGAAGGGAAGCAUGAUGAUGUUAUACAACAGACACUUGUUAAAUACAAUGUUCCUACAGAAAGAUGGUGGUCUACUCUUUAUCAAUUAGUUGAAGGUUUGUCUGUCUUGAUCAAGUUACCUCCGAAAAACAUUCAACAAUUGGAACUUGAUUUUGAAAGAAGGUCCUUUCACUGACAUCUUGAGUUGUGGAGAGCAGUAAUAUGCAAUCAAAUCUCAGAGGGAUGCAGCAAUCAUAAUAUUAUUUUCUUUUUAGAUAUCAUCUCCCUCUUUGUUUCAUCAUGUUGCUUUUGUAUUGUUUAGGAAGUUUAGAAUUUUAAUAGGAUUCCGUUUCUUAAGAAUAAAGACAUUUUCGAAGAAAUUUAUCCCCCAAUUCAAAUAUCACAAGUAAAAUAGUUAGCUAAAAUAUGUUUUAAACUACACUGUGUCUUUAUUUCACUUUGGUA